UUUGAUGGGUGAUCAGGAGGUUACUCAAGGGGAGGAGGCGUGGUCUGAGGUUUCUGGGAUUUUCCCGGAAAGGGGCCAAGUCGGGGACAUAGUCACUCAAGGUGGAGGACACGGAACAAGAUGGAGUCGGCCGAGAUCUUGAUCUCUACGCCCAAGGUGGGGCUGGAACUCACGACCCUGAGAUCAAGAGCCCCACCCUUCCCGGACUGAGCCUGCCCAGAGCCGCAGAAGGAAAAGGUUUGACGUGUUUAACUCUACGAGGCCUGCCCGCUGGAGUUUCUCCUCCCCCCUGCUCUGCAGCCCAGCUCGGGGGCCGACAGAGGAGAGGGCGCCAUGGCACAGAACCUGUAUGGUCCUGGAGUGCGGAUGGGCAACUGGAACGAGGACAUCUACCUGGAGGAGGAGCUCAUGAAGGACUUCUUGGAGAAGAGAGAUAAAGGACAGCUUCUGAUACAGAGAAACAGAAGACUCAAAGAGAAUCUCUUGAGACCAAUGCAGCUUUCGGUGUCGGAGGAUGGGUACGUUCGCUGUGGCGACAAGGUGAUGCUCGUGAACCCCGCCCACGCGGAGGUGGAGGCCCACCUGUUUCUGGGCGGGGACCUGAGCCUGGGCGCGACUCCCGAUGAAAUUAAAGCGCAUCUGAGCGAUGAGUUAGAGGUGCCGUGCGGCCUGAGCGCAGCUCAAACCAGGAUCCCGGUUGGCAGAAACACUUUCACCAUUUUGAGGGCAGACGGAAACGCCACGGGUCAAGUCCUCAGAUACGGACAGGACUUCUGCCUCGCGACCACGGGAGGGUUUGAAGACAAAAUGCUGUAUUUAUCCAGUGACCACAGGACCCUCCAGAAGUCGACCAAGAGAUCUCUGCUCCAGGAGGCGUACCUGACGGAUGAGGCCUCCUACCUGAGCUGCUGGCAGGCCGCCUUCCUGGACCCCCAGCUGCGCCUGGAAUACGAAGGCGCCCCCGUUCCGGCAAAUGCAAAGAUCCUCAUCUAUCACUGCGGCACGAAUCGGGGGCUAGCAGUGUCCAGGCAUGUUUUCUUGAGUACCUAUUUCGGGAAGGAAGCUGAGGUGGCCGUCCACACACAUCUGGAUUCACACAGAGUCGAAAAGCCGAGCAACCAUUGGAUGUUGGUGACCGGGAAUCCCAGGAAAGACUUGUCUGCCAUGUUGGACCUGCCCAAGCCACCGGCCGAGGCCCCCCCAGCCCUGGAGCAGGCCACGGACCCCGGGGCGCAGUGACUCCAGAAUGGAGAUUCGAUGCGUUCAAGAAACGAGGACACCCUGGAGGGCAUCUGAGCCUGGACUCUGUGACACCUGUUACCAGCGUGGUCUCAGGCCUUCUGCUGGUAUGAUGUAGGGCUGUAGCGACCUCUCUGGGCCCUAUCUGCCUAUUAGGUGAGCGGGGAGUUCUGCCUGUGGUGCAGCAGCCUGGAACAGGGGCCGGUGACCCAAGGUGGAGGCUCAGGCCUUCCAGAAGCGAGUGCGGGGGAAGGGCCGUGAAAACGUGGGCAGCGGUGGGAAUGGCAACGGGGGGCCGUGGCAAGGAGCCCAGAUGUGAGGCCGUCCUCUGUUCGUCAGCAGGGCAGAAUGAAUGUCAGCUGCAGGUGGGGUCCUCGCGGAGGCCAAGGACAGAAGGAGGAGACACAGGUGUCGGGGACGCGGGCCCUGGGCUUUACGACUCGACUCUUGGGCCUUCCUUGAGAACUGAGCUCUGGCCUUUGGCUCCAAUCACCUUGGAGAGGAGACCUGGCCCGGGGGGACCGGUGGCCUCUUUCGGGUUGGCAUCCAUGCAAGUACGAGAAGUUGCCCUUGGAGAGGGGGGGACUCACACAGUCGUCCUGUGUCCCCGGCUUGACAUUCUCUGUCCAAACUCCAUCUCAGCGCUCCCGCCAAGCCUCUGCCUCCCCCGGGCGUCCCUGGCUGGGCCCAUGGAGGAUUCUCUCCCUUUAGGACUAAACUGACUUGAGGCGCUGAACCGACCGGAUCCUCUGGGUGGCGGUUCCUUCCCUACGCAUCCUAGCAAGGGAGCGUGAGGACGUGAGGGCCCGGGGCUUACCGUGCCGCUUUGGUGCCGGUUCAGGCUCCCGGGUCAUUCCUGUGCCCGUCCCCUCUCUGCGGUCCCCUAUGCUUCCCGUGCCCCUGCACGGGCUGGGACUGGAGUCACUGUCCUUCUGGCUCCCUGUGCUACAACAGAUGGCCUGGGCGCCCCUCCACGGUCGGUCAGCCAGCCAGAGAGCGGCCACCGGUACCUGCUGAUAACUUGUCUGUUCCUUCCCUGCCUUCCGGUCCAAGUUGGAGGACAUAGCCAAGCCUCGAGGGACGCGUUCUGCCACGUGGUACUGACCACGUGGGCUUAAUGAAGACAGGUGAGGGUCAGGAGUGAUUGGCACAGAGCGGAUACUCGGCACUAAGUAACUGUCACCACCGUCACCACCACCACCAUCGUUCAUUACAACUACUUGUCUAUCACCCCUCCAUCUCGCGCGGUCCGGGCCCGGUGUAGACGAUCCCGCCAUCAUAUGGACUCAAUCACUGUGGCCGACAAGUGCGUCUAGAAUCCAAGGGCUCCCCCUCCAGAGCGGAGGAAGCAUGCUUCCUACCUGGAAAGAGAGAAGACAAGCUGUGUCGUCCGGUGGGGGGAAGCCCUGAUUUCCGAGGGUCGCUGAGUUCGGGCCAUCAGUGGUCAGUCUGGAGCCGGGAAGAGGUUGGGGGAAAAGAGUGACGUGGGACCACAGGGGCAGAGCUCAGGGGUCCUGAGAAUGGCCUCACGAGCGCAGUUCCUGUCCUGCAGGAGACGACUCGGGUCAGACCCGGGAGAAGGGGAGAGAGGGCUGCGGGUACGUGCUGUGCCCGGCUCGGUGCAGGGGUCUGGUGGGGAAGACCCUGUCACCUUCCACGGACGUCCUGGUGCCAGACAGUAUUGUGACUUUCUUCCCUGUGACCUACGCUUGCUUCUGGGUUGCUCCUGGGGGCUCACACAUGGCCAACUUAGUGAUGGCCACGGACAGAUGAUAAAAUGAUUAUAAUGUGUAUCAUGCGCGUGCGCACACACACACACACACACGGCAAGGCUUUUCCAUUAAAACAAUAGAUGUCUUCCAGAAUAAAGGAAAGCUUGUAUAC